AUGCUUGAGGCAAGAUCGUCGUAUCAGGAGGGAAGCUUGUGGUUCUAUGCGCCUAACAAAGGUGCUGCGAUAGCAUUUGCCAUCCUUUUUGCUGUCUCGGGCGGCAUACAUGGUUACCAAAGCUACAAAUAUAAAUCCUGGAAAGUCACUGGACUUCUGCCAUGGUCUGCCCUUCUGUUCACAGCAGGGUUUAUCCUGCGUGCUAUUGGAGCAUUCGGGCAGUGGGGAAAUCUCGGUGUAUUUAUCGCAAGUACUGUACUCCUCCUGGCUGGACCGCCAGUAUACGAAGGAGCCAACUUCUUCAUCCUCGGUCGAAUGCUUUACUACAUACCUUACCACUCACCCAUCCACCCCGGCCGCGUAUUUACAACUUUCGUCGCCCUGGGAGUGGCCAUCGAAAGCAUUACCGCAAAUGGAGCAGCCCGAGUAGCAAGUUCAGACUCUACUGUCGCCUCACAAAACAUUGGCAAGUCACUGCUCAAGGCAGCACUGAUCAUGCAAAUUGCUCUUAUGGUAGGAUUUGUCAGUCUAGCUGGUCGAUUUCACUACAAUUGCUCCCGAGGAGGGGUAUUGAAUCACAAGAUCAAGCGUACGCUGUUAGUCCUCUAUUGCAGCUGUACGCUCAUCACAAUCCGCACGAUCUACCGAACCGUGGAAUACUUCACUGCGGCCAGCCUCAAUGCUUACGGUGACCUCGAACACAUAAGCCCUGUGCUGAAACAAGAAUGGUUUUUCUGGGUCUUCGAGGUCGUGUUCAUGUACAGCAAUACCACUUUGCUGAAUGUAUUCCAUCCGAUGCGCUCGCUUCCGCGAUCUAACAAUAUAUAUCUUGCGGAAGAUGGUGUUACAGAGAUUGAAGGGCCAGGUUACGAAGAUCCCCGCCAUUGGCUCCAGACAUUCUUUGAUCCAUUCGAUAUUUAUGGUUUGAUUGUUAACCGAGGCAAGAAAGAGAAGUACUGGGAAUCAAACGCAGCCCAAGGAAGCACAACUCUUUCCAAACAAGCUGUAUAG